AUGUGUUGUGGCCAACAUCCGUUGUUUCCAAAAGACGCCGGUAACGAUCACUCACCGUCGGCGCUCGACAACCUCCGUGUCCGCCUUGCCGACACCGAAGCUCGCCUCGCUCGCGCCAGAGCUCGUGAAGCCCAGCUCACGCGCCGUCUUCACGAGAUGAAGCGCUUCUUAUCCGUCAUGGAAAUUCUUGAAGGUUAUCUCAAACGCCGUUACCGUCUUCAACAACAACGUCUCGCUCGCCUCCUUUCUCUCCCACCGGCCCUGUAA